AUGGCCAUGCCCAAAGAGACGCACAUGUCGAUCCAGAUCGGCUUCAGUGCCCAGACCAAGUGCUCCCAGACUCAGGAUUUGAUCGAUGCAAAAUUGGAACGUCGACGGAAAGGUGUCUAUGGUCCUCCCAUGGGUGGGAGCCUUGCCCUGACUGUCCAGCUAUGUCCAGCUUUCGGCGGCACGAGGAAUGACAGCGUCAUAUUCACCUUCCCUACAUCCUACUCAACAACCAAAAAAGUAAGCAAAAAUACACUAUCAAUAUCUAUACUUACGAGAAUGAGCGGUAGUCUUGACUUCAUCACAUCCCUACAAUUACUGUAG